AUGACAUCUAUGAAUACCGAAUCACCUCAGUCAAGCAACCAUGAAAACAUUUUUCUAUCAGAAGAGUCUUCCUCUGAAGAGAGGACCGAGCCGAAGGGGAAAGAGAAGAAAGCUGUGAGGAAAAACAAGCGAGGGCAUAACUCUCAUGGAAACGAGCCUUCAACUAGCGGGGACGCUAUAGUACGUGUUCGAUCCAGCGGAAAGAAAUCAAGAUCAGCCAAAGUCACCGCUCAAGAUCUUUUCGGCGUAGACUCCGAUGAUGGUGAAAUCAACGAUGUAACAUGUAAAAAUACAUCUCCUUUAGUAUCUUAUUUAACAAAACGGGUAACAAACGGCUUUUCACGACAAAUAAAGUUUGAUAAGCCUGGCAGUCAUUUUGUCGAAAUAAAAAUAUAUAAAUGCGAAGAAAUCGAGUGCGUAUCUCCGAUGAAUAGAUGGCGCUAUUCAAUAGUUGCUCUUAAAAAUAGAACAAAUGUUGAUACCGAGUCCUGGCGAUAUUUAUCAGCAUAUUUAAGCGAAGUCCGAAAGGAGUUCAAGGAAUGUUCGCCAAAUUUCAUAAAUUCACAUUUAUUAUUACAGCCUGAGAAUAUAGAAAAGUACUUUACUCCCGAGUCAUUUCUUAAAGAUAAUGAAAAAGAUAUAUUAAAGGUCAUUGAGCUCUCAAUUACUGAACAUACAUGUGUGAAAGUUAAUUUUGAACUUUUUGCUCUAUUUUAUUUACCAAGUUCUGAUCAACAACAACUCAAGUCAUUUAAUUCAAAAUUUCAAAUUCUAUGUCGAAAUACUGAUCUGAAAGAAAUGUUUUCUUUAGUAAUAGACUCUAUGAAAAUGAAAAUGGCUGAAUUCGAACAUUGCAAGUCUGGUUGGACUUUUGGAACAAUUAGUCAUUUAAAAAUAAACGUGAAUAAAUACUCGCCUAUGAAGGGAAGUACUUAUAUAGAACUCCCCGCGACUAUUAAAAAUACUAAGAGUUGUAUUAAUAUUAAAAAUGAAGACGAUCACUGUUUUUUAUGGAGUAUAGUUGCAGCAUUAUAUCCAGCAAAAAAUAACGUAUGUAGAACUAGAUCUUAUCCUCAUUAUAGUAAUGUGUUCAAAAUAGGUGAACGUUUAAUUGAAGAUGUUAAAGAUAUUGAUAAGCUAUUAUCUGUUAAUAAACCAAUGAAUCCACUAACCGAUAAACAAAGAAAUGCUUAUUUAAAUGCUACAACUUGUCACAUCUGUAAUGAACCUUUGCUGGGAGAUGAAGUUGCUGACCACGAUCAUAUUACUUCUGAAUAUCGGGGUCCAGCACAUUCUCACUGCAAUCUCAUGUUAACCCAU